AAUACCAAUCCCAAAGUUCUUGGUAAACUGCAGCCAGAGGGACUCAGACUAGAAUGGAGGUAGGAAGAGCUGGGUCAGAUUGGGCUUAAUCUUAAGCUUUUCUUUGGGCUGAGUUUCUGUUGCUUGUUAACUUAGGGCAUUUACACUGUACUGCUCACUGGUGGUGUGGAGGCUGGGGCAGAACCAACAUCAACGUACUAAGCUAGCUUUUGGAAUACCAGUGUGUGUGCAUUCAGAGUGUUUUUACUAAAGGGGAUCAAGAGCCUAGCACAGAUCUUAACUUCAUCACCUGACUGCAAAACCAGAAGUUAAGAAGCAGCAUCUUAAAGGUACUUUUUUUUUUUUUAAGAGAGAGGUCUUGAGAUGGCUCUGAACAAUUGUUCCCACCUGAACUUGGAAGUGGACUCUUUCCUGUAUUGCAACAACACCUUCAAUCAAAGUCUGAAUCCCCCCAAGAUGGACAACUGGUUCCACCCGGGAAUCAUUUAUAUCAUUCCUGCAGUUUAUGGGAUUAUCAUCGUGAUAGGCCUCGUUGGCAACAUCACCUUGAUCAAGAUCUUCUGUACAGUCAAGUCCAUGCGAAAUGUGCCGAACCUGUUCAUCUCUAGCCUGGCUUUGGGAGACCUACUGCUGCUGGUAACCUGUGCCCCUGUGGAUGCCAGCAAGUACCUGGCUGACAGAUGGCUUUUUGGCAGGAUCGGUUGCAAACUGAUCCCUUUUAUCCAGCUUACCUCAGUGGGGGUGUCUGUCUUCACGCUUACGGCACUGUCCGCAGACAGGUACAAAGCCAUUGUCCGGCCAAUGGAUAUCCAGGCAUCACAUGCCCUGAUGAAGAUCUGUCUCAAAGCUGCCUUGAUCUGGAUCGUCUCGAUGCUGUUGGCCAUCCCAGAGGCUGUGUUUUCUGACCUCCAUCCCUUCCAUGUGAAAGAUACCAACCAAACCUUCAUUAGUUGUGCCCCCUACCCACACUCUAAUGAGCUGCACCCCAAAAUCCACUCUAUGGCUUCCUUUCUGGUUUUCUACAUUAUCCCACUGUCAAUCAUCUCUGUUUACUACUACUUCAUUGCCCGAAAUCUGAUUCAGAGCGCCUACAAUCUUCCCGUGGAAGGCAAUAUACAUGUCAAGAAACAGAUCGAAUCCCGGAAGCGACUUGCCAAGACAGUACUGGUGUUUGUGGGCCUCUUUGCCUUCUGCUGGCUCCCCAAUCAUGUCAUCUACCUGUACCGCUCCUACCACUACUCUGAGGUGGACACGUCCAUGCUCCACUUUGUCACCAGCAUCUGUGCCCGCCUCCUAGCCUUCACCAACUCCUGUGUGAACCCCUUCGCCCUCUAUCUACUGAGCAAGAGCUUCAGGAAGCAGUUCAACACUCAGCUCCUCUGCUGCCAGCCUGGCCUGAUGAAUCGCUCCCACAGCACUGGCAGAAGUACCACCUGCAUGACCUCCUUCAAGAGCACCAACCCCUCGGCCACCUUCAGCCUCAUCAACGGAAACAUCUGUCAUGAGGGGUACGUCUAGACUAACCCUUCAACCUUGCCUCCUAAGGGACUCCAGAUUUUGUUUUAUGGAUGGCUGGAAGCCCCGGAAUCGGUUGUUAUCUCUGGACCUUCUGAAGACCCUUCAGGAGGCUGAGUGAUGCAGAUGGGUAGAAGAGAUGACCAAAUGCAUCAACUAGUAUUGUAUCUCAAAGUAAGCCAGUAGGCUUCCUUUUCCAUUUCAGCCUGGGAGGGCUUUUUCUGAUGGCGAUCAAAUUUUCCUUUAAAAAAGAAGGAACAAAUUGGAAAUUAUUAUUCAAAGCACCAAGUCCUGCAAUGCAAGUAUGGUCAAUUAAGUCAUAGGAAUUGUAUGAGCAAAGAGAGCCGAGAAACCACACACUGAAUAUCUACUCUGUGAAAGAUUUUAUUUAAACAGAAGCUGAUUGCUUUCAAAACACGGCUUGACUCUUUUUUUCCAGAAAUAUCUAUAAUAUGUAAACCAAGGGACAACUUUAAUUUACAUUCCUAAAAUAAGAAGCCAACUCCAAAAAAGAGUCCCAUGUAUGAGGAAUGGACUUCAUUAAUAACAUUGGAAGCCAGUGUAAUAUAAAACAAACCUCUAAAUAUUGACUUUUAAAAAGAUGUUGCUGAGGACAUAGGAGAAACACCCAAUAUAAAUUGUAAGGCACAAUACAACCAAACACAUGGGUCCAUAUAUGGAUAUAGAGCAACAGUUUAUGUUCUGACUUCUUGUUUCAUAGGAAUUCGGAUUGUUGUUAACCCAAUUUGGGCGAUUGUAGUGUCAUUCUGCCAUUUAGGUGAAAUCUUUUUACAGGGAAAAUGUUCAUUUUAUCCAAGUAACAACUAUUUAUAAAUGUAUAAAGGAUGGCAUUUAUUCUUGGUGUACAUGUUUUGAAUCCAGUACCUUUACUUAGGUUUAAUUGUGUUUGCUAUGGUGAAGCAGGAGUUUCAAUACGAGGAAGAUCAUAACUGUAGAGAAGUAAAAUCAUGUUUAUAUUGGCUGUAUAGUUCCCCUAAAAUGUGUGGAGGAAAUUAAUGUAGUUUUAUUAACAUGAAUUUGUGUCUGAACAUGUCUAAAAAACAGUCACAGAAAGCUUAAAUUUUUGACCCAACCAAAAAAGGUACAUAUUUGUUGCUAUUUUAAAAGACUGUGUAUGAAAUAGCCCACAGCCCACAUGCAGAUAAAGACUGGACCGGUGGCUCCAUCUCUCUCUAAAUGCAUAGAAAGCAGCACCCUGUAAAGUUUGGACUAUCUUACUUGAGAAAUCCUUCUUUGACUUUUUCUGAACUUAAAGAAGGGCCAAUUCUGACAGACUGUGAAUAUGCAGACUCACUUGACUCUAAAUCCAAGUUGUACAAGUGUUUCUUAAUGUGUAUCCCUUAAAUCCUAAGGCAAUUUUAUUUCAAGCUUUCUCUGCCUGGGUGAGAUAUAAACAGUAAGCACAUAGCACAUAUAAAAAGCUUUCUGUCGGUUGAUGCGGGGAAGUACUGGCUGGCUGUGGAACUUUAGGCAUUAGACCCAAGACAGUGUAAGGAUCUGUGCUGCUUACAAUUGUACCAGCUGGAACAAAAUCUCUUCAUUCCCGCCUUCUCUGGGCUUUUAUGUACUAUAAACACAAGCUUUCCUGGUAGUCCUUCAUUACACUGCACUGUUUGAAAAGCGAGACAGACAGCAGAGGUUAAAAAAAAAUCAAGAAGACUUGCUAUCCCAACAUCACCUCUAGCUAUAUGACUUGGUUAUCUGUUUUCGCUCCUCUAGGCUCCCAUUUCAUGUUUAAAAUGAGAAGACAGAGCAAAGUCCCUUCUAUUGCUAAGACCCCCCCGUGUCUUUUCAUCCCCUCCAGUUCUGUCUUGAGUGUGCAUCCAUGUGGCCCAUCUCCUUACAGUUAGUACACUUCUCUUUCUUCUAUGACCAGAAGUCACUGGAGACCCCUUACCCACUCUUCCAUGCCCCCGGGUACAUGGGUGGGAUGAAAGAAGCUAGGUUGUUCUGCUACCUGGAGGCUUUUUGGCAUCACUCACAUUAGGAAAGCUCCAUGAGCUUACAGGGUUAGAAUUAGAGCUGAAAGCUACAUUAAAAAAAAAAAAAAAGUAUGGCUCAGUCUUCUCCCCAUUCAAAGGGAACUCUUGCUCUUUGCUCUUCUUUAGCUUUCAUACACCUGCUCUAUCAAAAUCCUGGGUCACAAUUUGCCUUUGCCUCAACCCUUCAAAUCCCAUGAGCAUAAGUGGCUUUGUGUCUAGAUAGUUGUUAACAUAGACAGCGUUCCGGGAUGGCUAGAAUUCUGGCAUAUGGAAUUUGGAAUUGUAGUUUUAGCUUCUCUGAUAGACCUGCUUCUAGAGAUGUUCCCGGGACAGGUUUCAGCCUCCUGUCUCCUUCAGUUACCAGGAGGUGCAGAUUGUGCGUCUCUUCAUUAGCCACUAGACAAACAGUGAGAAGAUCAAGGCCUGGUUAUUGCUGACUGUUCUAAGGAAUCUUGUUAUUUCCUUGUGGCUUGUAAAUGAAAGAGUUGGGGGGAGUUUUGGCAGCCGAUGACCCAAAGUGAUAAACCAUAGGGUGAAUUAAACAAUGGGUCGAACCAGACCUUCUUAUUAGCAAAGACUUCAUUGGUCCAUUCUUUCUUUAACUACAUUCAAGUUAUAUUUUAAAAUCAAGAACCUAAAAUCAUACGAGAAACCUGAGACCCAUGUAGUGUCCCUUCUGUGCCAGGACAGAACACAUUGGGACUGGAGCUGAGCCAUUUCAUGCCUGGCUUCCAAAGAUAAUCACGUUUAGCCCUUAUGUCUUUGGCGAAGGAAAAAAAAUCAAUUUUUGCUGUGGAAACCCAUCUGUGUUUAUUCAAUUGACAGAUACUACCUUUCAAUCUAUCUUAAAUUGAGCCUCCCCAAGGCAGGCAGCUCAACAGUGAUAGAUUAAGCAAUAAACAAAGCAGUCUCCCCACCAAGGGCUGCUGCUGGCAGGGAAGGUACAGCUGCCAUUGGGAGCGAUAGUCUACAGCAAGAUGAUCCUCCCUGCUUAGUGCAGACAAGGCCCCUCCCUGCCGGUGAUUUUAUGAUCCCCACAAAUGGGCAUGGCUCAGCCCACUUCUGGCUGCUCUCCCUUCCCGACUGAAUCGAGCUUUCUGCCUCAUUAGCAAAGCCUCUUUGCCCCACUAAUAAUUUGGUUCUUCAACUUAGAGGCUGAAGAGCCCGUAGGGAAGCUAUUUAGAAGCUGCUACAGACGAAGCCAUGUCUCAUCCUGGUAGGAAAGUGCACACUGAGCACAAGUAAAUGAACUAGACUGUGAGAUGUGGGAGAACCCGGGUUGUAAAGUUCAUGUUUCCGCCAAGAGGAGCAGUUGGUUAUUGGUUUCUGAGCCUCAUCCUGUGUCAGCUGGCCUCUAGCAAAGGAGAUUAUCUUUGUUUAGAGAAUGAUGUGGGGAAUGGCAUCCUCACCUGUGGGCUAAAAGGUGGCGGCUAAGUCACUUUCCUCAGAAGCUGGAUAGAAACAAUUGCCCUGAGGGCCUGACUGUAUGAGGAUUGAAUGAACAAAUCAUGGGGUUUUUUUUUAAGGUGUGUGUGUGGGGGGGGGGGGUGAUGUGCACUUUCUUGCCAUUGGCUCUCUUCACAUCCGUACUAGGAGGGAGAGGUUGUGAGAGAAAGGAUUAGAAUUCACCCUGGGGUUCAAGGAGGGGCAGAGCAUAUUUCACAAAAUUCCUGUAACUUUGGCCCCAUUUUCGGGGAAUGAGCUAACAGCUGAAAAGAAGGAAGAAUGCCUUACUUUACGGGACAGAUCUCUCUGGCUCUCUGCAUCUGUCUUCUCUCUCUCUCUCUCUCUCUCUCUCUCUCUCUCUCUCUCUCUCUCUGCGUCUGUGCAUGUGUGUGCGCGCACACACACAUGCUAUUCAGUGAAACCGCACCACCCUAAACUCUGAGUCUACACGGCUAUUCCUCCCAGCCACACCUCUCCCACAGAACAGACACAACAACUUCAACACUGCUCCACUCUUGCUGUGACUUCGGCCUUCAAGGCCAGUGAGACAGCGCAACUGGUAAAGGCACUUACUGCUGAGUCAGACGUGCUGAAUUCUACCUCCAGAGCCCAUGUGGCUGAAGGCAAGAACUAUCCUGCAAGUUGUCUUCUGACCUCCACACGUGCACCAUGGCACAUGCAGGGGCCCUCCACACAACCACCCCUCCCCCCACACACAUAGAUAAACAAAGGUAAUAAAAAGAAGGUUUGAAAUAUUAUAAUUUGGGCCUUCAAAGACAUCCUUUGUUAGGCAAAGGAGGAGCAAGCAUAUGCUCCAGGAGAACAUAUAUUAUAGAGCACUCAACAAAUAGCACACGAAGAACAAACUUGCCUUUUAUGAAACCUCAUGUGAGAAAUGUACUCAAUGGAGUUGAAAUAUUUUCUUAAAGUUUCAAGGUUGCACAUGUAUUCACUGUAGGAACCUUGGGUUAGAUGAUUACAGUCCAUGAUUAAUUCAAAAGAAUAUUGCAUUUACCUCAUGUUCAUGGUCUAAAAAGUAUUCUCACACUCAAUACCUCAUCAAAUCAACGUGUUUCCCACUGACCGAAAAGCCCGUUUACAUCCUUUAGUAUGGGAAUUUAGAAGUAUUAAAGUCACUUACUUGUGACCGUCUAGCACUGAAUUAAAAGGUCCAUGGAAUCAUGGGACUGAAGCAUGAGCUGUCAAAAUCAAACCACAUUUGACCCACGAAAAGGAAAAGGCUGUUUCAUCCACUGCAAUUUAAUGUGAUUUCACUUUUCUCUGAUCUGAAUUAACCAUUCUGAACGAGUCUGUGGCUCAUUCUGUGAAAAUGACAGUCAUUACUUCCCCAGUUUCCAGGACGUUUUGAUAACCCUAGAAAGAGACUCCUUACUUUGGCACAAGGGAGUUAAUAGGGUUAUUGUUGUCUGUAUAGAAGCGGUAAUAACUUCCCCUGUUAUAAGGAAGUGUUAUAAUGGCGCUCCUAGGACUUAAUACAAAGCUACUCUAGAUGUUACCCAAAGGCCUGACCUAGUGAGAGAAUGAAAAGGGAUCAGGCAAAGGACUCAUUGAAGACCAAGGCAGGGAUGCAGUACAAACUGGUUGAUCAGGGAAGUCCCUUAGCUUAUACCUUCAUCCCAACCCAGAGACACAGAUUAGUUGCAAGGACCCACAUGCUUCUGUGGCUAGCUGAAAAACCUACCCAACAGGCUGCUUGGGGACACAGGCUUGUAAUCCCAGCACUCAAGAGGCUGAGGCACAAGAAUUAUUACAAGUUCCAGGACAGCCAGGGCUACAUAGUGAUACUUUGUCACAAAACAACCAAAAAAAUCAAAUCAACGACAAAUAACUCAGCAAUGGACAAAGUCAAAGAAGAGGACCCAAGUCCGAACAAUUAACUCUGUGUGGUCAGGAUUCAUUGGAGAAAGGGUAUCAAGAAUGAGGCAGAGCCACUUACUCAUCCCCCAUCUUCCUUACUAAAUAAAUAUGACAAUGAAUGGUUUCCUGGAGCCUGGGGAGCCAGGCUACAACAGGAAUGGCCUCUAAUAGAAAAACUAUUUCUUGGACUAAGGGACUUGAGCAAAAACUCAAAUAAGGAAUAGGUUGUCUGGAUGCCUGUUAGAAACCCAGAUCCCAUUCACUGUCUCUGCCCUCUCUGAGUUUUUACAUUUCUAAGAGAUAAGAUUUAUAUUUUCCAAAAUUCACUCCCAGAGUAAUAGAACACAGAGACUCUAAUAACUUUAUGGUUUCUUAAGAGAAUAAUUUUAAUGGAUGAUAAAACUUCAUACAUUCAAGACUUCAUUAACUCCCAGGUAAGCUUGAAAUUUUUGGUAUAAUUCAGGGCCUUGAUAUUUAAGACACAUUGUAUAAUCUGGGCCUCUUGUGUAUUCAAGAUUUUCUUUGUGUUGGCUUUAGCUAUGACUAUAACAAUGACAAAGGAAAAGUGUGUUCCCUAAACGAUAUUCUGUUCUGUAUGCUGAGCUUUACUGAUCUGUACAUGACCUUUCUUGCAUUCGAGACAACAGCGUUUGAGAUGACACACUCCAGUGAGUUGUGAAACCACACGACACACGCCUCUUUAGUGUCAUUUUAUGUUUUGUUUUAAAUACUAGGCACAUGUUUUGUAAAUUACAGUUGUACUUGUUAAUAUUAGCCAUAAAUAUUUAUUGCAUUGAAAAAUAUACUCUGUGUUAAAUAACUCAGAACGAGUUCCAGGUAUGGUACUCAGUGUAAAUAAUGUCAUAGCUUGGCUUUUUGGCUUUUCUAGACUCUUUGGACUGAUGAAUUCUGUAGAAGAAAUUCACAAUAUGAACAUGACUGACUCAGAUGCUUUCGCCUUUGCCAUGUGUGUAACUGUAUGGCCGUGUGAAACUCGCUCUGUACAAAGUGUGCCCUGUGAUUGAAUUCGGAGUUCUCUAGAAAUGCUUCCAAAGCUACUAUCUUAUCCUGUGUGCUCUCUGUGACAGUAACUCAAAUCCAGUGUAGAGAACUGGAUGUUCAAAGUAGUAGAAGAUAGGUAGUUACUCUUAUUUCUUAACACAGUAAAACAUAAUUUAUGAACUGGACAGAUGCAUGCAUCCAAUAGUCAAUAAAAUAGUUGUGUG